GGUCCAUAUGCUGAACAUCAUUGGAGAUCAGCAUCUGGGGUUCAGCUCAGUUCCCUUAGUUUUUCUCAUAGUCGUUUCGACAAAAUGAGUAACAAGAUUGUUAUGGCUUCGCUAAUGCUCGCUCUCGGCCUGCUACUAGCGGGAACAGAACUGACAGGUGCGCAAUCCAUAGGCGUCUGCUAUGGACGAAAUGGCGACAAUCUGCCUAGUCAAGCAGAAGUGAUCGAGCUAUACAAGGCAAACAGCAUCGGAAGGAUGAGGAUUUACGAUCCAGACCAAGCUACUCUCCAGGCCCUGAAAGGAUCCAACAUCGAACUCAUCCUUGGCGUUCUUAAUGACAACCUCCAGGCCCUAACUGACCCCGCCGCAGCAUCCAACUGGGUCCAAAACAAUGUUGUAGCAUUCUCGUCCGAUGUCAAAAUCAAGUACAUUGCGGUCGGGAAUGAAGUCCCCCCGGGCGAUACAAAAGCCCAAUAUGUCCUCCCCGCAAUGCAGAACAUCCAAAACGCCCUCGCAUCCGCCAAUUUGCAGGGCCAGAUCAAGGUCUCCACGGCAAUUGACACGAGUCUGCUAGGCGUAUCCUACCCCCCAUCGAGCGGGGCAUUCAGUGACGCUGCAAAUCAAUUCAUAAGCCCCAUAAUAAGCUUCUUGGUCAAUAACGGCUCACCGCUCCUGGCCAACAUCUACCCCUACUUCAGCUACGUACAGAAUAUGCAGAGCAUUGAUCUUGCCUAUGCUCUCUUUACAUCACCAGGAGUGGUGGUAACGGAUGGUGCAUAUCAGUACCAAAACCUGUUCGAUGCAUUGGUGGACUCCCUCUACUCCGCCUUGGAAAAAUCUGGUGGAUCAAGUUUGGCAAUUGUCGUAUCAGAGAGUGGAUGGCCAUCAGAAGGAGGCACUGCAGCUUCACCAGACAAUGCAGGCACUUACUAUGCAAAUUUGAUCAGCCAUGUGAAGCAAGGCACGCCCAAGAAAGCUGGCCAGGCCAUCGAGGCAUACUUAUUCGCCAUGUUCGACGAGAACCUAAAAGCUGCCGGGAUUGAGCAGCAUUUUGGACUCUUCACUCCCAGCAAGCAACCCAAAUACCAAAUCUCUUUCGCUUGAGAGAAAAAACCACGUGAGGCUAUACUUAUAAUUGUAAUAAGGUGCUUCUCUGCUCAUCCACUGGAAAAUGUAGCUGGGUAUGAUUUCGAAUAAUAAGCAAAUAAGAAAAGGGAACUGUGUACCAUUACGAGA